AUGUCUGAGGCAAACAGCUUUGUCCUAACCAUUCGAUCGGGCGGUGAAACGGGAGUUGAUAGAGCAGCUUUGGAUGCCGUCUUAAAUUACAAUGCUACAAAAAACUUACCUAACCUCGACAAUAAUGCGAAAAAAUCCUCGUCUUCUCUGUCUGUUCAAGUCACCGGUUGGUGUCCAAGGGGACGACUUGCAGACGAGGGUGAAAUUCCAUCAAAAUACCCACUCAAUGAAACACCAACCAAAGAAUUUUCUCAAAAAAUUGAACGGAACGUCCGGGAUGCGGAUGCCACUUUGGUUUUGUUAUCGUCUACCGCCUCACAAGCUGAUACGGGAACGAGGUUAACCCUCGAAGCGACUAAAAAAAUGAAUAAACCGUGUCAACCUAUUUUUCUUGAUGGUGAUACAGAGACCAACGCCGAUAAGGUUUUUCGCUGGAUGAAUGACAACAAUGUUAAGGAUUUGAAUGUAGCUGGACCGUGUGAAAUUAAAUGUCCUGGAAUUCAUGCUAAAGCGCGUCACUUCGUGACUUCCUUGUUAGAGAUGUUUGAGAGAAAUAAUGAAGCUGGGUAG